UGUCAUCAGAUAAUGCGUAGUCGGUCUGGUUGCCACGGACGACGUGUAAAUCUUCGAAGGCAGGCAGGUCAUCCCUCGAUCAAAUAUUUGCUACAGAUCAAAGAAGACCACACAGAUUAUAUUCUACAUAUUGGAUUUUUGUUGGGUAAAGGGCUGCCAAAAUGGGGAAACUUCCGUAUGGACCACCCAAUCGCCAUGUCCAGAAAAGCAAUGGAGCGGACACAAACAUUAUGAAAUUCUAUUGUACACAAAAUAGCACAACAUACGGAAGUAAUUGGCCUAAGUUUCAGCCCAGAAGUGCUCGUCAUGUUGGAACAGGAUAUCUAGCCAAUUUCCGUCCUGGCGUAUAUUACAGUGAGCGAUUGGAUCAGUUGGAUAAUCCUGUAAUGGGGAAAAUUGUUGGUAGUAACUACAUGACUGUAACUCAAAGAGAUUUCCGCCCUUCUGUUGGAUCAAAUGGUACUGAUCCACUGCCGUGCAGUGUUCAUCAAGUAGGGAGUGGGUUUGUUCGUGAGAAGCCCAUAACAAAUCCGUCUUCAAAGGAGGGACCAGCAUCUAUGACCACAGAGACGGCUACGAAGUUUAGAGGUUUCCCUAGUGAACGAAACUGUUUAUCAGCAGGGCCAAGUCUUCACAUGGACAUUUCGAGAAAAACUGUUGGUCCAAACGAAAACACCGGAUUUACACAUGCUAAUGAUGAGCCAGUGACGUUCCAGCCUGGGCAACCACACAAGGGUGAUAUACCUGGCUAUUUGACACGCCGACCCACUGGCAGGAGCAUAAUGAAAACUGACUUUCAAAGAUAUGGCUAUCCCCUUGGAAAUGAACCUCUGCCAUGUAUUGCUGACCCCUCUGAACAUAAUACUGGUUUUACUCGAGGUACUAAUGCUGAGCCCAUCUAUGUAACGCGAAAACCCUACGAUAAAGCUGAUCAGAUACCUGGUGACCGCCUGAGCAAGAUGAAGAAGACAGAUCCUGCUGAAUACAUGAACGCCACCAAUCCCAACAAUCAUUCGAGUGUGGCAAAGAACUACUUCAAAGGUCAACAAAGACCAGAUGGAUCUGAGGCUGAUCGGCUGGCACGAACAAGUGUGGGGACAAAAGAACCUUCUGGUUAUUGUGAAAAUAAUGACAUAUUCGUCCAGACUAGUGACAACCCGAAUCGAUUCAUCACUCAUUAUCAUACAAGGUUUUAUGACAAGACACCCUUUAGUACUGAUCGGGAAGGCCACUGCCGAGGUGACGUACAGAAUCAACUCCCUGAUGGUUUCACUAAGAGUACUUAUGUCCACUCUUACGGGCCAGAGGUCAAUCCAACCGGAACUCUCAGAAAACUCGAGUCCUAUGUAGCGAGGAGUGUGAAAGCGAGGGAUCCAUUUUAUGAUGAUCAUACCCAUGACAAGAAAGUCAGAUUUGAAGUUGCUGCCAGUUAGACACAAGACUGUGUCGUCCUUGUGAUAUGAUGAGUUGCCAUGCUAUCUCAAGAAACCCAUUAUCUGCUGGGAUUUCAAAAUAUAUAUGUCUCUUGUCUGUGAAAGUGUUUGACAUGUUCUUAUGUUCACGAUUCUGAAAUACCUUGGCAGUGUAACAUUGUUUGCAAUCUGAAAAUGUAUUGGACAUUUUUUGAUUGGUGUGUGAUCAUGUUUUGCUUCAUGAACUACAAGUCCAUCUGCAAAGAAGCUACCAAGAGAAAACAUUCCACAAUGCACAUUGUACAUGCAGAUGUAUACUUCUUUCCUUCAUAGACUUCUUUUUUUUAAAGCGAGUAUAGAAUCUGUCCAAAUCUUGCACAGUUGUACAGAGUAUUUGGUUAUUGCGCAAGUCCAGGACAGUUGUACUGGGUUAUGGUACAAAUCCUGCUCAGUUGAACAGGGCAGCGACCUUGUACAAAUCCUGCUCAGUUGAACAGGGCAGCGACCUUGUACAAAUCCUGCUCAGUUGAACAGGGCAGCGACCUUGUACAAAUCCUGCUCAGUUGAACAGGGCAGCGACCUUGUACAAAUCCUGCUCAGUUGAACAGGGCAGCGACCUUGUACAAAUCCUGCUCAAUUGCACAGGGUAAUUGUGCUCACUUGCACAGUUGUACAAAUUCUGUACAAUUGUAGUGUAUAGCCAUCACCUUGUUUUGUUAGGAGACAUUUGAGAACACCCUGCUGUAUAUUGGCAUUUAAUAUUGCUUGAAUAAAUUUUUGAUUCAAGAAGAUAUUGCUGUGAUUAAUUUAUUACUAGCUUUAAGGUGAUUGUAAAGUUUACUGAUUGUUUAACCUGGAUUGUAUUGUAUAUUACACUUUGCUCACUCAUUUGCAACAUUAAAGGAAAGGCUUUGUAAAAAUUGUUGAAAUGACGUGUUCUCUCCUUACCUUGUGUCUGUGAUAAUCUGGGUCUCAAAUCCUGCUGCUAUUGCUAGAUUUUUUGUAUUCCAUUAAUGUCAACAAGUGUGUCAAUUCUUUAGGCCUACUCAAGUCAAAGAGUAUGAACAUCUGUUCAAAAUACACAAGCUUAUCAUCAAACAGAGCAAAGUAUCACAAGUAAUCCAGAAUACCUGCUGACUGUAAAUUCCUGAUUUGUGCUAUUUGUGCUAUAGCUUUAAGUCUUAGAAUCUUAUCUUAUGAUGUAUUCUUGUUAUUCCAUUGAAUACAGCUCUACGGCAGCAUGUAGUACGUACAAGUAUCCAUCCAAGUUAAAUAGGAAGUUUUUCUCCAUGUUUCCCAUUCGUGUUUCUCCAUAUUUCCAUUUAACUUCCAAAAUUCGAUUUCGUCACCUAUUCAUCUACUGUACAUGUCAAGUUUUAAUUACAACUCUCAAACAGUAUAAUCCGUCCAACACACUGUCUUCUGCUGAACUCAAUUUUAGAGUCUGUUGUCUUUAUUAUACUGCAACCAAACUGUGAUAAGCCUCAAAUGAAUUUUCCAUAUUCACAAGGGCACAAAACCUUGUAUUUACAAGGUUAAUAAAACCUUUAUUGAUUUUGUUUACUUUUGAUGUAGCUGGUAUUGUAUAUUUGUGGUAUAUGUAUAUAUAACUGUAAAAAAAUAUUCUAGUAGAAUCAUGUAAAGGUUGAAAAUAAAUUCCAAUUGA